AUGUCUGCAUCGUUCUUGGGCUCCUCCGGUCCUACUCCAAAUUUCGACUCGGACCGUUUUUCAACGAUCCAGAGCAAGUCAGACGUUCUAGAUGGAUUAGAGAUUGAUCGUAGCCCAGGGGGCACCAUCAUUUCGAUGCCUGUCAUUGUCGAGGGAGGCGGUGGAUUCAGCUCGAUGGAACAGGGAAUAACCUUAAGGUCAUUUUUCAUGACGGCUCUCAACGCGAUGAUAACGUUAGGUUUCUCGAUCCCAUUUGUGUUUACCACCGCUGGCUGGCUAGCAAUGGUAUUCCAGGUUGUCACCGGUGCGGCAAUUUUUAUAUGUAUUUUACUUGUCAAGGCUUGCUUCGACAACCCUGAGAUUAAGAGAUAUGGCGAGGAACAUCGUGUGCCCGUCUUCGAGAGAGAAUACGCUUUCCUGGCUGGUUAUUGUGGAGGCAUAGUCGGCCGAACAGUCGUUACAAUG